AUGGCUGAGGUCCGUCCAGGUUCAUCUAGCUCCAGCUCGAUCCCAGCUACGGAUCCCGGAUGGAUAUCUGAGAGUGGUCGCCGGCGAGCCGUGCAACUGGAUCCCAUAGUCGAAGCGGGCACCAUGGACGCCGUCUUCACCGUCCACCCGGACGGUUGGAGGCAAAGCCAGGACGAGUUCAAAUUCACGGCGAUUUUGACGAAAUUGCCUGACUCAGACGUCAAGCAGAAGAAGUCCAAAAAGCCCAGGAUGGUCGAGAGGCAGAGCACAGCCGUGGCGAAAUGUCUCGAGGCCAAUCGGAUCGACGCCACGAAUAUCUUCAUAUACUAUCGCUUCCGCGUCGACGCCGGGCUCUGGAAGUUGAGAAUCCCCAACACGGACAUCACAGCCACGAUCAAGGUGGUCCCGACAGGGCACAAUAUACCCAUCUCCUCGAGUGGCUCGAGGGCGCUUUAUAAUAAGGUUCUCACCAGCCCUAUCUUUAAUGAGGACCGUGAGAGAAAGGAUACUCCUGCAGCUCGUACUAAGUUAGACGGGAUUAAAGAAGAAGAUGUUGAGGAUUAG